AUGGCACACUCGACGUGCCAGACCACUAAAACCAUUGUGCACGAUCCUGCAGAGAGCGUGGUGGCUGCCUGCAACCAGCAGCAGAGUGCAGCAGGGGUCCAUUCAACCCCCACACGCCUGAGGAUCACAAUCUGCCGCCUGCAGGGAGGGAGCACUCGGCCCCCUUGCAACUACAGGGGCCGGCAGGCCCAGCACUUCGUGGAAGUCAAAUGCAUGUAUGGGAGGUCCAUGCACCUCAAAGACACCCACCC